GGUUGAUGCCUGUGGCUACCCUGGAUAUGAGGUUCUGACAUAACUGAGUAUUGUGUCAAUGUUCAAGAAAAAUUAAAAUGUAAGCAUUUUUGUAUUUAACGACGAAGAAUGUUUGAAAUUUGACAGAAACAUUAGUUCCUUUUACGUCUAUUCUGCGAUAUUGAAAUGGCUCACAUGCUCUUUGAUGCAUUAAGUGGUGUAUCAUUGGACAAUCACACAGUACAAUCAAUUUUAGACUCGACAACUCUUACCAGCACUGGCCCUCCAACUACAAUAACUUUGGAUGAAGAAGAUGUUUUCCAAUGUGGUAAAUGUAAAAAGCAAUUCACGUCAUUUUCCUUGUUUAUGUGUCACAAAAAGGAACAUACAGCAGCUGGGGAUCAUUUUCAAGAAUCCGAAGCUGCUGAAUCUGCUAAUUUUCAGCAGCUUGAAGUGCAAGCCUUGGAUAACUCUAUUUGUGCAUCAGAAUUAUGUCAACCUAUAAUUCUGAGUGAAGCUGACAUUCUGUCAUUUAGUAUUGAUGAUGAAGAUCCUCUUAACAUUGCUUCUACGCAGGUUACUUCCUCUGCACCAAAUGUACCUGAUGGAAGUUCAUUUAUAGCAACUAAUUCAGAAUCUAGUGGUAUGAAACAUCUUGCAGAUGGUUCAAACAGUUUUGAAGGUGCUAGCCAACCCAUAAUAUUAACUUCUCAAUCCCAGCAAUUCUCAUCUGGAUUGCCUUGUAUUCAACAAGUAACCUCACAAGGUAAAUUGAAUUCAUGUUCUGGAGUUUCUUGUGGUAAGGAUGUUUCCCAGAACAUUAACAUUCUGGCAACAUGUCCUGAGAGGAAUCCAAAAGGUUGCAAGGUUUUACUGCCAAAUAUAGAUUAUAUUGAAGAAACUGAUAAUGGGGCUUUAUUAUUAGAAUGUGAUAAAGCAUCUGAUAAAUUGUUGCAAUAUGGAAAUGGAACUGUAGAGAGUGAUGGAACAGUCCUUCUUGAUUAUUGUGAUGGUGAUGCUAGAAAAACUUGUAAGGUGCUCUUGAGCAAUGGAGAAUACACUGAAACAAGUAUAGAAUAUAUAGACAACACAACUGAUUUCUGUGAAUAUUCAAAUAUCGCUGGAGUUUGUGAGAGUGGUGCACAAGUUGGGCCCGAAACAGUAUCUGUGAGCUUUCUUGAUGUCAUUAAUUCAUCAAAUGGUUCUUCUGUGACUUUAGAUCUUUCAAAAGCUAUUAACGAAGUAGUGGAUACGACACAGAUUUCAGCACACGAUCAGAACUUUUCAGUUGCAAUUACAAAUCAACAUAACAGUGCUGUUACUGAAGUUGAUCCCUUAUCUGGAGACAUUUGUCAGAAUUUAGGUAAUGAGUAUGGGUCUGGUGAACAACUUUUGGAUAGUAAAGAUAAUGGUCGAUCUUCUACUGUGAAGGCUCCAAAGGUGUGGCCUGAUGGUUUCUCCAGGACAUUGCCCAAAGAACCUCUCCAAAUUUUAGAGAAGCCACCAAGCAAUGAGGGGUGCAAGAAGACCAAGGAAGCUAGUGAUGAUGGUGAAAACAUAAUUGUUAUAGAUCGUUCUUAUGUGUGUCAAUACUGUGAUACAUCAUUCACCUCCUAUUUUGAACUCAAAACUCACAUGAAAAAGCAUUCUCAUCAAAAGGUCUAUAAAUGUGUUCAACGCAAUUGUCAGAAAACCUUUGAAGAUCUAGACAGUUUCUUAAAACAUACCAAAGUACAUACUGAUGAAGUUCAAUAUUGCUGUCAUGUAUGUUUUAAAAAGUUUAAUACAUUAGCUGAUUUGGGAAUACAUCAGUACACACACAACUCGUGGAAUAAAACUAAUAAUAAAAAUACAAGGUACUUUCUUUGCAUGAAAUGUAAAAGUAAAUUUACAUCUUCAAAAGCUUUGGACCAUCACUUAUCAACAACGAAUCAUCAUUUUCCUUGUGCACACUGUGGAAAAGUGUUUACAUGUGAACGUUAUUUGAGACGACAUUUACCAACACAUGGUACUCCUGAGAGGUACACAUGUCCUACUUGCGGCAAGGGCUUCCGUACUGAACAGUACCUGAACACUCAUCGCCUUAUUCAUAGUGGAGUUAAGCCAUAUACCUGCAUGCAUUGUCCUGCAGCAUUUAAUCGCAAAGAUAAAUUAGCUAGACAUUCUUUGAUUCAUCAGUCUGUAAAAAAAUUCAAAUGCCCAUUUCAGAGUUAUUUAGGAUGUUCAAAAGAAUUCAAUCGUCAAGAUAAACUGAAAGUUCACAUACUGACUCACAGUGCAGUGAAACCAUUUCAUUGCAGAAAAUGUAAUAAAAUGUUUCAUAAACAGAGUCAGUUAAAAGAACAUGAACGAGGCCAUCAUGCAACAGAUGCUCCAUUUUCUUGUGUACAGUGUGGUUUGAGAUUUAAGAAGAAAGUUCAUUUAUCUACCCAUGUUUGUGGCUCUGGUGAAGGUCCUUUGGAACCAAACACUUGUCAAGAAAAAUCAUUGGAAACAGUGCCUCUUGAGGCUAUAACUGCCAAACAAACACGAGGUAGAAGAUUUAGGAAGGUUCGUUGCAAGAAACCUCUUUCUUCUCUGUCAAAAGAAAUAGAUAACCUUUCAGGGCAGAAAGAAUCUGCCAAAGUCAUAGCACCUUCUGUUAAUCAUACUGACUCAAAUGGUGAAAAUGAGAUUGAUGGUGUUCCAACAAUUGAAAUUAUUGUCAUGCCUGUGUCUAUGAAACAGAGAAAUGACGAGAAAAAAGGAGUUUUUCAUGUAACAUUUCCUUCAUCUCCAAAUGGUGGUGAAAUGCAAACAAAAUCUGUUCAAAGCAAUGUAAGUAACGCUUUGGAUAAUUCCUCUAAACAUGUACCUGAAGGGCACAAUGGCCAGACCUUAAUGGCUAGUAUAGAUGCUUUGGAUGAAGAAAUGAAAGUAGAUGCAGUUGCUUAAACUAGGCUGUUCUUGCCGUUUAGAUGUAUGUCUUGAAAAUGCUGUGUGGUUGCAUAAGGAGAAAAUAUUUGUUUUCCUGGUACUGACUCAUUUAAUGAAAGAGAGAAUUAGAUUCUUGAAUGAAGUAAAUGCUCACUAAUGAAAAUAGAGUAUGCUAUCUUCAUGUAAUGGAAUUACGUAUUUUAUAAAAUAAAUAUUUGAUGAAAUAGUAGUUACUUCCAAUGUAAAUGAAUGUGUUAUGGUUAUUUUUUCUGUAUUUUAUAUUUUAAUUGUUUGUGAAACUUCUUUAAUAAUAUUCGUAUUUUUGUAAUUUAUGUGUGCAAAUGCAUUGCAAAUGCCUUUUGUUAUUUAGUUACUAAGAAAGAGCUUCUCUAAAGCUAAUUUUAGUAUGCUUUUUUUAUUACAUUGUUAAGUAAGACAAUUUCCAACAAGCUUAAUUAAUUAGUAUAAAGAAACAAACUUGCCUUGUUCUUGAUCUGUGAUAUAUGAAAUAACUGUUUGUUGUGAAAAUAUUGUAUAUAGUUUAAUUCCUAAGAAAAUUGCAUUUGCUACUUUUGAUGUGGGUACAGUAUUAGACACAGAGAACUGAUUUUGUUUCUUAAUUUAAUAAUGUACAGUAGUUGAGAAUGGGAGGAAAACCUAGUUUAUCCUAUUAGACUGCAACUGUGCAUUUUAUUUUUUAGUCACUAUGAUAGCUAUGUAUAACCCACAAAAAGAUUAUGCAGACAUUUGCAUAUCUGAUAGUGAUCUUUUAUUUCAUUAAUGUUGUGCAUCUCGGUUGUUGAUGUAGUAGGCUGUCAUAAGCACAAAGUGUUAUUUAAUUAAUUUAUUUAUUUCAUAUGAGAUUCAGCUCUUAGGUAGUGUUUCAGGUUUUUAUUUGCAAAAAAUACUAUUGCCAAGAAUAUAAUACCUGGCUUACUAUUAUUAUUAUUAUUAUUAUUAUUAUUAUUAUUAUUAUUAUUAUUAUUAUUAUUAUUAUUAGGUAUUAUUAUUUUAUUUAUUUUUUAAGCUGAUGAUAUUACAUAUAAAAACAUAUCUGUACUUUGAUUUACCAGAAUUUUUUAGGUAAUUAGUUAAUCUUUGAGGAAUAGUGCUUUGAAAUGAUAUUGAUGUUUGUGGGUUUGAUUUGUUUAUUCGAAGCCCAUUUUGUUAUUUUCAUCCUCCCCCCCCCCUCCCAUCAUUAUGUAUUUUAGGGGAAAAUUAAAGAUAUUCCAGUAGAAUGUAAUAAAAUGCCCAAAGUUGAUAAGUUUUUGCAUUGUAAGCAUUCCGUUUUUUUACUAAACAUGUGAUUUAAUAAAAUUAAACUUGGGGGUUUUGAAGUGCUCCGUUUGUGAUAAUAGCAGACAUAAUGUUUUACGAUUUUUAGUGGCCUACACUUAAAAGGUAGUGUAACAGACAUUUCUGCUUCAAUUGAAAUUCUUUAUUUGAUCGAUUGUAUUGUGUUUUUAAAAUAAUAAGACAAAAUUCUGUACAUUUGUGCAUGUAACUCAAGUGAUUAUGAACGAAUGUUUCUGCCAGGUAUUGUAUGUUGGUGAUAGUCAUUUCUAAGCAGCACGGUUACCACUGAGGUAAUUUUUGAUUGGCUAUGUUAAUUUUGUCUAGUAUGCCAUUUGUUAAUGUGUGGUCAUUUUCUAAGUCAGAUGUGUUUUUUGUUAAUACAGAAUAGGAACCCACAACUUAGCAUGAAUGUGAUUCAGACUUUCAGUUGUCUUCUUCAUUGUAAUCUUAUGACUGAUUCGCUUUUACACAUGUAUAUCUUAAGUAUUUUCUAAUAGAAAUUUGGUUUUUUGUUUCAUUACUUCUGGUGCCAUGAGUUUGAAAACAAAGUGCAAAACACUUCAAACUGACAUUAAAAUAAUGUAUAAAAACUACUGCUAAAUUUUGGAGAAAUUUGAUAGAAAGUUUGUAUAAUUUGUUCAUCAAAUUUUAUUUGUUCAAACUGUAGACCAUUUUGUUUACACCAUCACUGUAUUUGUAGUUUCUGCAAUAAUCAGGUGCCAUACAUUUAUGUAACAAAACAUAAAAAUAUAUUUUUUCCAUGUAAAAUGCACUUUUUAAAUGCAAUUACUGUGUAUCUGUAAGUUAAUAUUUUAUUGUUUAUUUUUCAUCACAAUUCCACCAUUGUGCUGUGGGGUAAUACUGUUGUAGCUAAGAAACUGAAAAACCUCGGACUUCCAUACAGUUAAUGCUGUAUACUCCAAUGACAUCACAAUUCACUGAUAUUAUUCUAAAAUAUGUUUUAUUGUCUGAUGAUUAGCAAAUAACAAAUUUCAUUA